AUUCCAGUAUGCGGGCCUUCAGGUCACUGCUUCUGAGCAUUCUGCUCUGCUUGACCCUGGUCAAUGCGGGAUUCAUUGACGAUCUCCUCAAGGCGAUUAAGAACGGCGCGACCUGCGCCUCUUGCCAUGGCCUGUUAGCUCCUCUCAAGCUGCUUGCCAGAUUUGGCGACAAGCCCUUUACGAAGACAUUCACCGCUGUUUGUAAAGUUGCAACCUCAUUCGAUGAUGAUGUUUGUGAGGGCUCAGUCGGAACGCAGGCCCCAAUCAUUGCCCAUAGUUUGCGCUCUAUCGAUCCUUUCGGCCCAACAGCUCGAAAACUUUGUGACACCCUUUUCGGCCUGUGCCAACCACCCGCCGUCAACAAAUACGACGUUCCGUUCCCGAAGCCUCGUCCAGCCAACCCCAAGAAAUUCGCUUCGACCGGAAGGCAGCCUUUCCAAGUCGUUCAUUUCAGUGACAUUCACAUUGAUCGAAGCUAUACCCCUGGCGCGGACUCUGUAUGUUCCAAGCCUCUCUGUUGCAGGAAUUGGGCAGAUCAGAAAGGGCCUGUCGUUGCUGCUGCUGGGCCCAUGGGAAGUCGGAAUUGUGAUACCCCGACCGCAUUGGCACAGAACUUCCUCAGGACAAUCACCUCCAACAACAAAUUCUCCAUCUUCACUGGAGACGUCAUUGAAGCGUCUGUCUGGUUAGCUGACAGGGGCCAUGUAACCCAUGACCUCGAGUUGUUUACUGGGGAAAUGAACACCCUACCCCAGGUUCCUGUAUAUGCCGCUCUAGGAAAUCACGAAUCAGCUCCCACCAAUAGCUUCCCUAGGAAUACUACCAAGAAGGCAAACUCGCAAUGGGUCUUCGAUGCCCUCAGCAAAGGAUGGGAGCCCGCCAUCGGGACCGAAGCCGCUCAGCAGGUUUCUCAUCUAUCCGGAAGCUACUCCAUCGUCGUCCCUGGUACCAAUCUCAGGCUCAUUUCCAUCAACACCGUUUACUGGUACAAAGGCAACUACUGGCUCUACGACAGUGACCGAUUGCAACCUGAUCCCAAUGGACUGUUAUCUUUCACCAUCUCACAACUGCAGGCCGCAGAAGAUGCAGGGCAGCGCGCCUGGAUCAUCGGGCACAUCCCACCUGGAGGCAGGGGUGAUGUUUUGCGCGACCAGUCCAACUACUUUGACCAGAUCAUUCAGCGGUAUAGCCAUGUUAUCGCUGGUCAGUUCUAUGGCCAUAGCCACCAGGAUGAAUUCAUAGUCGGUUACUCGGACUAUAGCAGACAAACUGCAGACACUGCUGUCACCUAUGCACUUUUGGCACCUGCGAUCACUCCUAGAGGCAGUAAUCCUGGAUUCAAGGUUUAUGACGUUGACCCAGAUACAUACGAAAUUGUCGAUGUCAAGGUUUAUCGAACCGAUAUAUCAAGUCCUGAAUUCCAUGUGGAACCCGUUUGGGAGUUGACAUACUCCGCCCGGGAGACAUACGGCCCAUUUGUUGGCUUGGAGCCUCAGGACUCCCUCGGUCCCGCUUUCUGGCAUCGGUUGACCGAGGCCUUUGAAAGGGAUGAUGCCCUCUUUGAUGUUUACAGACGCUUCAAGCGCGCUGUGUCCGAUGCAGGGCCCUGCGACGCGGAAUGCAAACGUGUUUCUAUAUGUGACAUGCGUGCAUUGCGGGUAGAGAACAUCUGCACUGUCUCCAAGAUUGGUGUAAACUUUAGACGUGAUCUCGAAGGAGGACAAGACGACCAUGCCGAAGUUGAAGACGAAUGCGAAGGACCGGGAUUCAACUUUUUCUUCCGGGCAGCGGCCGAACGACUGACCGACGAAGAUAUGGAGGUCCUCAGAAAGGAACUCGAGGCCAUUGGAAUCCCUGACGACAUCGCCGACCUUCAACUCGACCUCGAAGACGGAGAUUCCACUUUCAACUAAUCGGCGUGAUGCCCAGAGCAAUACUGUAC